AUGAAAGAUUCAGUUGAGCUUCAAAAAAAGAACCAUCAUUCAUGGUUUGAAUGGGCUCAACUUUUCAUCUAUCUUUCAAUCCCAGUGGUUAUUAUUAUAUACACCGUCAUACAAAAUAAUAAUGAUAUAUCAAUCGCCGAGAAAAAUCGCCGACAAGAUCUUGAAAUAGACGAGCGUCGUCAUAAACAAGAUAUUGAAUUAGCUGAACAACGUCGACAACAGGAUAUUUUCCUAGCUGCUGAACAACAAGAAGAAGACAUUCUACUCAAUUAUUUUAAUUCACUUGGAAAAUUAUUGGAGAAGCAUGGUGUCAAUCUUAAUGAAACUGCAGUGGGUCGCCGGAUAGGUCGAUUUACAACACUUGCAGCAUUGAAUCAACUCAACUCGAAGCGAAAAACACUUGUCAUUGUAUCAUUGAUCGAAAAUACACUUCUCACAAUUCAAAAAGAUAGGUAUCCAACCAUUUCCCUAUCAUCAGCCAAUUUAACUGGUCUUAACUUGACUGGCAAAUUUCAGUUAUCUAAACAAAUCGAGUGUGUCUCUCUCGAUGCAACCAUACUUACAAAUGCAUCCUUUCAAGAUGCACAAUUUUGGAGUUGGAGUUUUAAAAAUUCUUAUUUGAUCAAUAGUGACUUUUCAUCCUCGAACGGAUUGUCGAUUGCAUGUCUCGAUGGUUCUAGUUUGUACAGUGUCAAUUUUGCUGAUUCAACGCUUGACGGUGCCAAUGCUUUUUCUCGUGUUUUUCAUUUAUCCACAUCUGUUUGCAAUUUAUCUUUGCCUGGUAAUUUCACACGACCAACAAAAACAUCAUGUACAAGUGCUGCUUCCAUAUCGAACAUCGGAAAUAAAUAA